CUUCAACGGGGAGGCAAACCGGUUAGUCACCUGCCGAGCAUAGCGCACGGAUGGUUCAAACUUUGUUCGAGAGGUCGCUUAUUCCCCUUGGCAUCUCUAUCCACCGCGCCCCGAUCGUAUAGGUGACCGAGAGCCUCGAGCUUGGUUCGAAUGUGUCGUUGCACCCGCCUGCUCUCAAGGAACAAUAUGGGUCUACCGUGUCCGGAUUAGCUUCCCCCAUCCAGCCGAUUCAGAGGUUACAACCUCCGCUCCAGAUCACCGUUGGUGGGGAUGGUCUCGGACUACCUGCCAGACCUGGCGUCAAGCGGAACGCCUCGGAUGACGACUCUCGAUCUGGCGUUCGGGUGGACAUGGACAUGCAGCCUCCGUCUUAUAGUCCGUUGUCGGUUACGGUGACUCCGGGGACGUACUCUACCCACGGCCUGCGUCAGCCCGAGACGAUCUGGUCCGCUCCAGCCGGGACCGUCGAGUUCCCGCCCGACGUGCAGAGACAUGGACAUGGACAUGGACAUGGACAUGGACAUGGACAGCAGCAUCCUUUGUACAAUCCUCACCCUGUGACGCCUCAGCAACAAGCAGGCGGGAACAAAGUGCAGGCCGAUCGCAGGGCGUCGAUCGUUGGGUACACCGGGUUCGAGCCUUACCCUCAGGGAGGCAAGCUCGGACUCAAUGUCAGUAGUGGGGCGGGUCAAGGCGUACGACCUACCUCGUCGCAACAAUACCAGCAGAAGCAACAUUAUCAAUCGAAUCAACAUGUCCCUGGGUACGCACCGAUGAUCACGGGCUACCAUCCCAAGUCCGGCCUAGGUACUCCUCCCAAUGGCGGCCCUAGCGCUGAAACCCAAACUCAAACUCAAGCCCAAAUCCAAACUCGAAACGAUUACGACUACUCCCUCUUCCACACGAGCACCUCGGGAGCUUCCCGGACGCACCCUUCCAACCCGCAAGAACAACAACAACAACAACAACUACAACAUGUGCACCGAAUGAAACCCGAAUCCGCUUCAGCUUGUCCGUCGGACAUCUCGGCUAGCUCCUCGGUCAUGCCGUUAGAAUUGGACGUGGAUGAGGCCGUCAAUGCGAAUCAAGCUGGAUAUGAACACAUGACGGACGGGUUCGUCUACCCCGUCAACCAGGUGUUCCCUUCGCCUAAUCAGCACCAGUCGGGGCGAUGACAUUUACGUUCCGUGCUUCGAGCACGUACUGUACUGUAACCAAGAGGGAUAGACGACGAUCAUCGUGUCGCACGGGUCAGAGGAAAGGAUUAUCGCCGCGGGUUUCUUGUUAAUAACAGAGAACCGGCGCCGACGGUACACGAAAUAUAGAACAGAUUUACCAGAUGUAUCAAUAAUAGUCAUCAUCAUAGUAGUGGCCAUACAUCGAUCGGCCGGAUCAGUAUAGUAUGUUUUGUAUACACACGAGUUAUAUGUCAUAGUCAUGGUAGUCACCAAG